CAACAAAUUUGUCACUCAAGGAGAGUCGAAAUAUUUAUUCAAUAUCAAGGGUUUGAAAGCCGGUUUAUAUCCAAACAAAAGUGCCAUCGAACCAUUCUCGGCUCCACACCCCGGCAUUAACUUCAUCCGGGGUGUCGCGACAUACCAAGUGGCUGGUUCUGAGCGAACCCCUCCCUAUUGCACUUUGCAUGCAUUCUCCUCUGUCUCGUCACAAAAAGAAGAACAGCAUACUAGUAUCGAUAAACAUGCAGACUACCCAGCCUCAAGGCCAAACCUUGGUCUAUUCCACCGUAGACGGCCAUAACAUCAAGUUCGACUACUACUUGCCCCGCAGUGCCAGCGGAAGAUUGCCAGCUGUGGUCUACUAUCAUGGAGGUGGAAUGACUGCAGGCUGGCGUGGUGGCUUCAAUUUCCCAAUUUGGCUGCAUGAUCACUGCCAAGAGAAAGGCUACAUCUUCAUCAGUGCGGACUACCGUCUGUGCCACCCGACGACUGCUUUGCAUCAGAUUGAGGAUGCGAAGGUGCUGUUUAAAUUCAUCGCUUCGAGUGACUUCCAGAGUGCCUUGCCGGAAUCCAUUGCACUCGACACGGAUCGGAUAGCGGUAACAGGCUUCUCAGCUGGCGCUUUUUCGGCGCGUGCAGCUUGCAUCUACGCCAAUCCCAAGCCAGCUGUUCUUAUGACGGCUUAUGGAUCUGCUGGAGACUGGCUUCUAGAUCACUGGACGGUCGGCCGACCACCUACAACUAUCGCCAAGCUUGUGGAUCUUGAGCAGGUUCCAAAGCUGCUCGCCGACAGAACUGUUGUGAGUGAGGACUUGCCAACACAGGGCAUGAUGUCCAACCGUUUCGCACUCACAGUCCGCUGGGAACUGGACGGUACCUUCCUCGACAAUUGUCUUGGAAAACCGGGGUUAGGUGCGGAACUCAAUAAAUUGCGCUAUGAGGAGCGGGCUGCAGCGAUUCCAGAGGACAUAAAGCCAGCUCUGCUACAGCUCUUUGUGUCUGAAAGCUAUCCCCCGACGAUCCUUGUGCAUGGCACAGCGGAUGAAGUUGUUCCUGAUCAGGAGAGCGUGCAUCACCAUGAACAACUGAAGCAGCUUGGUGUCAAGACGGAAUUGAUUCUCGUGGAAGGUGCUGGACAUGGACUUGUGGACCUAAAGAGUGGAUUUCCCCCAAAGCCAGCAGAAGGAAAAGAGGAAGCUUAUAAAAGGGCUGCCGAGUUUAUUGAUGAGGUGUUUGUCGCUGUGAAAGCGUGAGCCUGGCGGGUAGCUCCACGUACAUAAUCUCAAAUAUGACGAGCAUAUCUGACACCACGUCCCAAACUGGUCUAACCACCUACGCUCUUCGAUUAGUUUUGUCACAUCUGUUAAUAAUUCACACAAGUAGGUAGUGGGAGUGUUUUCUUAGUCCAUCCGUCAGUCGCGUACUAUUUUUUACAUAAACCCAUCAGUACCUUGGUUUGUUUACC